CUGUGAAUAAGAGCUACUAGCGAACUAACUGGCAACCGCGGGGCUUGCAUGGUUGUAUGAAUUGGUAGGUCGCGUAAAAAAUGUUCAGUCUUUGGGAACUUUCGAGUAAAGUCGGUAUGCAUAGCGAUUUGCGAUCGUUGUUCGUCUCGGUGUAAAAUUGGUUGCUGAAUGGAAAAAUUCAACAUUUAGAUCGCCCAUAAGAAAAACUUGCGGAAGCACCGGUAAUUCUGUACCAUCGGCACAGAACAGAGUGGAACUGACAACUAAAAGACUUUCCGGAUUCAAGCAUCAUCCCGAAGCCUGUUGGGAUACGCCAAGCGUACACCAGCAGUUGCAAACGAAGAGUGCAACCCGUUCAGUAUUCUCGUCAGUGUGAUAGCUAAGAAAGAAGAAAAUUCUGUGGAUUCGUUUCAGUUUGCCAAAAGAGAAGAGAGACCAAAUCCCACUGUCACAGGUGGCGAUCGCUGGUGCAUGCCCACCUGUUAGUGACAAGCCAAGUAAAAGCGAUAAAUCGAUAAGUGAAGAGAGACCCGUUCGCUGGCUCCGAAAGCGGCGAAUUGUGCUGUGUCAAGUGUCAUUUCCUGGUGCCAGCUGUUUGCAUCAGUUUGACGUUGUUUGUACAGUUGUCAUAGAUUCAGAAUAAGCCAAAGUUUUUUUACGUGCCGCAUCCAACACAACUUUACUGUUGCAUCUCUUUCCCUGGAGUUAUCCAAGUGACCGGAUCGAUCGCUUUUCCACGUUCGUGUGCAAUUCAGUGUCGAUAAGGAAACUUGCAGGCUACGCGGAGGAAAUAAGCGCAUUAAGUUUCGGUGUGUCCUCCGGCUUCAUCAUGAAUGUGAUGAACAAUAGCAGCGGCGAUGAGGAGCAGGUCGAGUGCCCCCUGUGCAUGGAACCGCUGGAGGUGGAUGACCUUCACUUCUAUCCGUGUACGUGUGGCUAUCAAAUUUGCCGGUUCUGUUGGCAUAGGAUCCGCACCGAUGAAAACGAGCUGUGUCCCGCGUGUCGAAAGGCGUAUCCGGAGAACCCGGCGGACUUUACGCCUUUGUCGCAGGAGCAGAUUGCGGCGUUCAAGGCAGAGAAAAGGCAGCGGGACCAGCAGCGGAAGGCGAAAAUCUCUGAAAACCGGAAGCAUCUGGCUAACGUACGGGUGGUACAAAAGAACCUGGUAUUCGUUGUCGGACUGCCGCCGAGAUUGGCAGAUCCCGAAAUUCUAAAAAAGCACGAAUACUUUGGCAAGUAUGGCAAGAUACAUAAAGUUGUCAUAAAUCCUAGUUCAACGUAUGCUGGAGUCCAGGUCCCUUCGGCUUCGGCGUACGUAACGUACAUCAACAACAACGAUGCACUAAAAGCCAUUCAUAGUGUCAACAACAUCAAUAUGGACGGGCGACUGAUAAAGACGAGCUUAGGCACUACCAAGUACUGUAGCCAUUUUAUGAAGAACCAGACUUGUCCGAAACCGGACUGCAUGUACCUGCAUGAAUUGGGCGAUCAGGAAGCUAGCUUUACGAAAGAGGAAAUGCAUCAAGGAAAGCAUCAGGAAUAUGAGAAACGGCUUCAUGAUACGAUGCAGGCGCAGCUGGGUCUAACAAUUGUUAACGGUGUCUCGUCCGGAGGCGCGGUGAUGAAUGGCAGCAGCGUUGGUGGCAACAACAGCACCGGUGGUGGUGUCGGCAAUGGCAACGGCAAUGGCGGAAACGGUACCGGAACCGGCACCACCACGAACGGCAUUCUCGCAAACGGUACAAACGGCAGCGGUAAAACAGGUGAUUCUAAACAUAUAAGCGACAUAACCAAUGGACCAAUACAAUGCAAAGAAGCUUGGCCAAGCUUGUCCACUACGCCGAUCGACGGUAGCACUCAUGGCAAUGGAGGCGGCGGUAGCAAUAAGGAGAAUAAGAUUAACGGUAAAACAGUCGGAAGCAACAAGGAGAACGGUUCGCGUAAACACGAAAAGUCUAGAACAAAAGGGGGUCGAAAGCAUCGGGGCACUCGGGACAGUGACCGCAAUCGGGAACGGGAUCGUGAUCUACAUAAUAAAGAAAACGGAGGCAAAGACAGUCACAGUAAGCGUAAUUCCAGUAGUAGUAGCAGCAGCAAUAAUCGAUGCAGUAGCAGCAGCAAUCACGUCAAAGAUAGUACAAUUUCUUCCGGUGCUAAUAGCGUAACGAAUGGCGGUAUGGGCAGCAACAGGAAGAAUGUUAACGGUACUGCAGUUAGCAGUGUAUUCGGAGCCACCAACACUGUUAAUACUACAGUGAUCAGUAAUGGAAACGGCAAACCGGUGGACACUGGCGUUAACGGUCACGUGAUUGCCGAUGACAGUAAUGGCAAGGAGGUUGAGGACAGUGGAAAAAGCUUGAAGCAGAUUACUAUUAGUUGCGGCAAUGGCAGCAGUAUAACCGCUUCUCAUCUGGAUGAUUUAGACGACGACGAUGACGAACUGGACUUCGAAGAUCUAGACAAUGACGCUCUAUCGUCGGAUAAUGACGGCAAAACCGACACACCUUCGUUAAGCAGUAGCGGUUCAUCUCAUGCCGGUGGAGAUAGUGGAAGCACUUUAAGCGAAACGCCCAGCGGUAAGAGCUCACCGACUGCAUUCCCCGAUCCUUUGUCGGUUAUAAACAAUGUGAUAUCGACUGGAAAUACAACAACGGCCGUCGUAGCCGUCCAAGAUGAACCCGUGCCUAGCAGCGGUGCCAUCAUGUCGACAGCCACCACCGCCAUUACCAAUGGUAUUAAUAGCAGUAGUAGCAGCAGCAUCAGCAGCAGCAAUUUCUCUUCCUCCUCGUCGACUGCGUUAGCCUCAGAUGACAAGAGUGCCGGCGACAAUACAGAACUCGUGAUAGAGCCUUCAUCACCAGUGUCCCUGUUUAGCAGCAACGGCAAUGAUGAUAUCGGUCUGGAAACAUCGUUGCCCGCUACGACAUCGACAGCUAGUAAACAGCAACUUCAACAGCAGCAGCAACAGUCUCAACCACAAAAUGGCAUGAAUAAGAUCAACAGUCUGAUUGAAAGCAGCACUUCCCGGUUUGCUAAGUUAGGAAUAUUUGAUGACAACAGCAGCUUCUUCUCACACAGCACGUUCGAUCCGUAUAGCAACUAUAACAAGCUAGAGGGAGGCCAUCUGGAUGGUAUUCAAUCAUCUGGUCUCACGUCCUCCCAGCUGCCAGAUCUCCUCAGCGGUACAAACGAUUCCAAUGAGCAGCACACAAAAGAGAUCCUCAAAAAUUUGAGCAGCAUUCAGCAGCAACAGCAGCAACAUCACUUGCUCAACAACGUGCAUUUGCAGCAAUUAAAUGGCCUUGGUCUCGGUAAUGGUGGUAUCGAAAGUGGUACAACCGAAGAUUGGGAGGCCGCGUUUAGCAAGUACGUGAUGCGCAGCAAACUUGAUGUUGAACAUCACGAGGAGCUGCUGCGCUUGCAGGAAAUACAGAAGCGCAAUAUUCUUAACAGUGGACUGAACGGGACGUCGCAAUUAAAUGGUUAUAAUGGAGAUUAUGCGGAUUACUUCCACAACACAAACGAACUUAACAGUAGGUUAUUGAGCCAGCAACAGCAGCAUGCUCAUCAGCGAUUACAGCAACAGCAGCAGCAAUCACAACACACGGACAUGACUCACAUCUACGCGAAUAAUAUGUCGAAGUUCUUCGAUUUUCAUAAACUUCAACAGCAGCAGCAAGCAGCACAACACCAACAGCAACAGAACCAACCAUUUUUACUCAACGGACAUCCAACGGAUCCAAUGAACAUAGCUGGUCUUCUGGAAAACAGCCGAUUAAGCUCUCAUUUCCUAGAACAACACAGUAAUGGUUUGCUAGGUUCUCAGCAUGUACAAAAGCAGCGAAUGCUAAAUGGCCAGUUGAAUGCUCAUAGUAUUCUGUUGAACGGGGCCAAUCCACAGCAGCAGCAACAACAGCAGCAGCAAUCGCAGUCGCCACAACAGCAACCAAACAAUAGGUUACACAACCCACAGCAACAACCAUUUUCGCAGCAGCAGAAUCCGGUUGCAGAUGACGAUUUAGGUUUUGACCCGUUCAUAGAGACCCAAAAAGCACUCGCAGAGCUCAUCAACGAUGAGAUCAGCCAGCAGCAAAUGCCGCCAAGUGCGGCAACAACCGCACCCAAUCACAGUAAAUUGCUAGAAAAUGUUCAGCGGACCCGGAUGCCUCCGCCCGGCUUCAAUCACAUGAACGCAUUUGGUUUCGGCGUACCGAGACCGCAUGUGUCAAGCAGCAAAAUUCUUCCCUUCAUGAAUCUAGCGAACAACUCACAACAACAGCAGCAACAGCCUCAGCAACCCAGUUGGGGACAGCAGCUACAGCAGCAGCAGCAGCAGUUUAUGGGAUUCCAGCAGAAUGAUCAAAAUCAUUUAGCACAGUCCCAACCGCCAAGCGGCAACAAUAAAGCAGGUUACGGCAAUAAUUUUCCCGACUGGACUUCGUUCGAUCCAGCUAUCGUUUCGUUCCGUCAAUUUUCCUUCAUGAACGGUCCCAACCAGUCCGGUGACAUGUUUCUUUCAGCACAGCAAGGACCGAACCAGUUGAAUCAGCAGGGAAUGCAGCAACCAGGACAAGCAUUCGGACACCAUGGUAUCAACUUACAAACGAACCUUAUAAGUCAGCAGCAACAACAGUCGAACAAUCCACAAGCACAGGUCAACUUUCCCUCACAUGUUCCCGGCAGUUGGCUCAGCAGCGAACAGAACGCCUACAUGAACAGCCUUCCUCCCAGCAAUGGGGCUGCCUUUGGGCCGACCGGUUUCGACAAAUACAGCAUUCCGAUGCCACCGGGAUUCCAGGCAGCAGCCGCCGCAGCAGCAGUAGCAGCAGCUGUGGCCAAUAAGCAAAAGGCGGAAUGCAUCAACUAAAUGCUGUUCUCGCGGGCGUCAUCGUUUUGGUUGCUGUUUUGGCUUGUACGGGUCGUCGCCGGGGAUGUCACCGUCAGAGUUUUAAUAAUUGUUGAAGGCGAAUUUAUUAUUUACUUGAAAUGCUUUAUUUAUUUCUGUGAUCUUAGAUAUUUUUUUAUUUCAAGGGAAAAUUGAAUAUACAGCCAGGAGUAAUUGAAAAGUCUAGAUGUGUGUAUUUUGCGAAGAUUUUUCUUCUCUAAAAUCUAAAAGCAAAUUUGAGAUGUUAGCGCAAUCAUUCUGUGUUCAUAAUUGCAUACUUAUAGCGAGGCUAUGUUUGUGUAUUUUUUUCCGAAUUAGGUAAAGUUCCUUUCUGCUGUCAAGAGCAUUGAAUUUCGAUAUUGUGAUUUUUGGAUUGGAUCCGAAUCGGUCUUCCGGUUCAUCGAUCGAUGAAUUCACACUCAUUACUAUUACCGUACUCACCUGUUAGUUAAAAACAGUCUGGUAUGCACACCCUUUCAUCAAUAAAAUUCAAUCUGUUGAAUAGUAUAUGAUCGAAAGCGUCGAAAACAAAAAAGUCUACAAAAAAUCUUCGCUGAACGUGGCUUCAGUUGUUUCCAGUCUGUUAGGGUAGGAAGGAUGAACGGAUGAAAAUUUUAUAUUUUUUAGACUGAGUUGUAAAAUAGAACAUUUCAAUGGAUUUAAUUUGCAUAAAAACUUUCGGUAGCUCAUCGCAUUUUAUUGCAGUUAUUGGAAGUUUGACAAAAAGGCUGCAUACUGAAAUCACCUAAUCUAUUUCUUAUUCCUAAAAAUUUUUUAACACUUAUACACACAAGUUUAUAUCCCCAAUAGAUAAUUCGCAUAUUUACUAGGCUACCUUCAUAGUGAAAAUAUGCAAAAUCUACAGCGUAAAUUAAACUAGCAAAUUUAAUCUACAAAACAAAAUUAGUGCGCCGAGCAGUAAGACAAGCAUAAACCAAAACAAGACAUUUGCUUCUCUAAACAUUAACGAACGAUCGCCGUACAGUACAAGAAAAUAAUACGGCUUAUAAAUGAUCAUUCUGCUAUAUUGAUUAUGGUUAUUAUAACAUUAUUAUUAUCAUUCUUAUUAUUGACCAUUGAAAAAACAACCGACACAAACAUACACACACACAUUUAUCCAACAAAGGAAAUCAAAAGAUAUAAAUAAAGCCUUAGCCCAUACCUAUCCUUGGUAGCUAAACAACGAUCGCUUCUGGAAAAGCAGUAGACUUGCACGCUGUUGAGCUGUAAGGGCUUCAAUUUCUCCCAUCCACAGACAGGAUUAACACAUUUAAGGUCAUUCAGCGCUUACUGCUAGAUCCGUAAAGCACCAAAUCCUUUACAGAGUAAUGAUGAGGGUUAAUUAAAAAACUGUUGCUAAUUGCUGUGAAUUAAACUUAUACACAGACAAAACAAUGAAGUGAUAUGCGAGGAUUGAGCUGCUAAAUAAAACAUGAAAACCUGUUUUGCUGUGUCAAAUGAAUCGCUCGGGAGAAUUCAGUAGCGAACUUAAUAUCGAAAGUGAAGAAAUCAGCUUGAUAUGUGAAUGACGAUAUAAAAUUAAAAGCUGUAAAAGAAUUAUUAUGAAAACAUCGUGAAACAUGUGGAUAUACC